AAGUGGUGGAGAAUUACUUUGUCGGUGGAGGUCCUGUUUGGGAUUGUACGUCUGCAUUGCAUGGGGCUGAUAAAAAGUUAGACAUCGUCCAUGUCGGAACGUACAUGCUAUUUACGAAGUGGCAAUUCCGGGAAAACUCGAGGUGUGGCUGGUCGCGUGGCUGAAGCCGCUGCACCUCCUCCCUCCACCGCUGACCUCUGGCGUGCAGCGCAGGGUCCCCGUUUCUCUUCUCUUUCUUUGUUUCCUCUCCUCUUCUUUUAUGCCCGGACGCCAGCCGCCACCUUGUGAAUUCAUGAUCACAUGACCGUGGAUAUGGACGCAGUCCUGUCCGACUUUGUCCGUUCGACUGGAGCUGAACCCGGAUUGGCCAGAGACUUGCUGGAAGGGAAGAACUGGGACUUCACGGCUGCGCUCAGCGACUUUGAGCAGCUGCGACAGGUUCACGCAGGCACCCUGACGUACGCGUUCCCGGAGGAGCGGACGUACCUGCCCACCGACAAGGAGAUGGCCAGGAUCGGCCGGCCCCUGCUGCACCGGCAGGAGGAGGUGGUGCAAGCAGCUACGGAGAAGCGUCUGUCCAGAGGAAUCUCUCACGCCAGCUCCACCAUCGUGUCUCUGGCCCGCUCCCACGUGUCGAGCACGGGAGGCAGCAGCACCGAGCCGCUCCUGGACACGCCGCUGUGCACCUUCCAGCUGCCGGACCUCACGGUGUACCGGGACGACUUCCGCAGCUUCAUCGAGAGGGACCUGAUCGAGCAGUCUAUGAUGGUGGCGCUGGAGCACGCUGGGCGACUCAACUGGUGGACCAAAGUGGUCCCCAACUGCCAGAGUCUGUUGCCCCUGGCAACCAGUGGAGAUGGAAACUGCCUGCUGCACGCAGCCUCGCUCGGGAUGUGGGGCUUCCACGACCGCGACCUGAUGCUGCGGAAGUCGCUGUACGCCCUCAUGGACCACGGGCUGGAGAAGGAGGCGCUGAAGCGCCGCUGGAGGUGGCAGCAGACGCAGCAGAACAAGGAGUCCGGCCUGGUGUACACGGAGGAGGAGUGGCAGAAGGAGUGGAACGAGCUGCUGAAACUGGCCUCUAGCGAGCCCAGGAUACACUACAGCACCAACGGCACCAACGGAGCGGAGUCCUCCGAUGAGCCGGUUUACGAGAGUCUGGAGGAGUUUCACGUCUUCGUCUUGGCCCACGUCCUGCGGCGGCCCAUCGUGGUGGUGGCCGACACCAUGCUGAGGGACUCGGGCGGAGAAGCCUUCGCUCCCAUCCCGUUUGGAGGCAUCUACCUCCCGCUGGAAGUGCCGGCUGCCAAGUGCCACCGCUCCCCGCUGGUCCUGGCGUACGAUCAGGCGCAUUUCUCGGCCCUGGUCUCCAUGGAGCAGAAGGACAGCUCCAAAGAGCAAGUCGUGAUCCCGCUCACAGACUCGGAGCACAAAAUGCUGCCGCUGCACUUCGCCGUGGACCCCGGGAAGGAGUGGGAGUGGGGGAAGGACGACACGGACAACGUGAUGCUGGCGAGUGUGGCUCUUUCCCUGGAGGCCAAGCUGCAGAUGCUGCACACGUACCUGACGGUCACCUGGCUGCCGCUGCCCUGCGAGCAGGCGCCGCUGGCCCAGCCGGAGUCUCCCACCGCCUCGGCGGGGGAGGACGCCCGGACGCCCCCCGACUCGGGCGAGUCCGACAAGGAGUCGGUCAGCAGCAGCUCCAACGGCAACGGCGACGCCGCCGCCGGGCCGGCGGUCAACGGUGUCGCGGCCAAGAACGGCUCGUCGUCCUCGUCCUCCUCGUCCAGCAGCGGCUCGGCGGCGAAGGACAAGAGCAAGAAGGACAAGGACAAGAAGAGGGCCGACUCGGUGGCCAACAAGCUGGGCAGCUUCGGCAAGAGCCUGGGCAGCAAGCUGAAGAAGAACGUGGGCGGCCUGAUGCCGGGGAAGAGCGCCGCCGCGGCUGCCGGCGCCAGGCAGGAGCUGGGCGAGAAGAAGAAGGGCUCGUUCCGCGGGAGGAAGGGCAGCAAGGACGGCUCGCCCUCGGCCCAGGCCUCCGAGGAUUCUGGGAAGGGCUCGCCGUCGUCGGGCAGCGAGCGGCUGGCGGGGGCCGGCGGCGGCGGCGGCCUGAGCAGCUGCGGCGGCAGCAGCACGGAGAGCGACGGCUGCAAGUACAGCGCCGACGUGAAGGCCAGCCUGGGCGUGCUGCGCGGCGCCAUGCACGGCGACAGGAAGCUGGUGCUGGCCAGCCUGCUGGCCACCAGCAACCGCCAGCCCUUCCAGGAGGAGAUGAUCCAGCGCUACCUGGCCGACGCCGAGGAGCGCUUCCGGCUGGAGCCGGAGACGCCGCGCCGCGACGCCGAGCGCAGGGGCCUCAACGGCGCAGCCGAGCCGGGCUACCGGCCGUACGAGGCCCGGGAGGAGCCGCCGGAGGGGGCGGCGCCCGGGCCCCGGCCCGCCUUCAUGGACCCGCCCCCCGCCGUCGCCGCCGCCCCCCCCACCCUGCACCUGCACGGCUACCUGGACGCCCGGCGCCAGCUGGCCGGCGGCUCAUACCCGGGCCUGCCGGCGUACGCCACCCUCCCCCGGCACUGCCCCCCCGCCCAGGGGCCCCCGGGCCCCCAGGGCCCCGCCUCCCUCAGCCCGUCCCGCCUGGCGCCCGACUACCCCGGGGCGGAGCUCGCCGGCUACACCAACGGGCUCCGGGACGGGCCGGACCCCCGCGUGGGGGGGCAGGCGCCGCUCAGACACUACUCGCUGGGCAGCGCCGGGGCCUUGCCGGGCCUGGCGGGCCUGGCGGGCCACCCGGGCCCCCCGGGACCCCCGGGGCCCCCGCGCUGCCGGACUCCCACCUGCACCUACUACGGACACCCGGAGACGGGGAACUACUGCUCCUACUGCUACCGGGAGGAGCUGAAGAGGAGGGAGACGGACCCGCCGGUCCACCGGUUCUGACCCCGCCCACAAAACAAUAAUAAUAAUAACAAUAAUAAUAAUAAUAAUUUGAAGAGUGGCCUUUUUGUGUUCCAGUAAAACAGCUUCAGCGUCUGAAUGAACAAGGGAAAGGCAGCGAUCUCCCUCUUUUCUUUCCUUUUCUUUUUUUUUUUAAUUUUUUUUUAUUUUUCGAAGCUGUUGUCAUUUCCUGUUGAAGGUGACGCGUCGCCGUGACGACGGGAAAAAAACGCUGGUUUCUGGCUGCUGCGGUCGCGUUAAGACCAGAGGAUAAACUAACUGCACUUGUGUUACAUUGUGUGUGUGUGUGUGUGUGUGUGUGUGUGUGUGUGUGUGUGUGUGUGUGUGUGUGUGUGUGUGUGUGUGUGUGUGUGUGUGUGUGUGUGUGUGUGUGUGUGUGUGUGUGUGUGUGUGUGUGACAGAGAGAACCUCUCCUCCCGUCUCCAGACGCCUCCCUGUCUCCUCCUAGUGGAGAGAAUGUAAACUGCAGGCGUUCAUGACACUAAACCUACACACUACGUUAGACUCCUUAACUUAAGCACAAGAACAGAGGGAAAAACAGGCACAAAAGUCUCAUGUUUGGGUUGUUUCAGUAUUCCCACAGAUCUUACACGACUGGAACCGGGCGGUCUGAUUGGUUCGUACCUCGGGGGGUCGUGAACUCACCUUUUAGCAUUUGCAUUAUGCAAACUGACACCCGUGCAAUGCUAACGGUUAAGCCCUCUGUGGUCUGUGGUGCUAAUGUCGCGGUGAGCCCGGGGAAACAGAUGUCACAUCAGUUCUGCGCUUUUCUUUCGUCAGAUAAACUGGAUUUAUAAAAGAUGUCAGCUUUUUAGGGAGCGUUGUAGAACAAAGGCGUUUCUCCGAGGUCUUCCUGUCUUCCGUAGGAAUCGUUUUCUCAGGUUCAGUGAUGCAAAAGCGACACUCGUGCUCCGCGGAGGAGAUCUCUGAAACUAACGUCGGGAAGGUUUCUGUAAGUCCCUGUUUGGAAAUGAGGGAACACUUCUGCUCUGACGGUUUAAAAAUGUCAAACAUUUUCAUAUGGUCCCUUUAUUGUCCGGGAUUUGACCUAAAAGAGACUUAUUCACCCCUUUUUAUUUAUUUUUUUGACACUAAAGUUCCGUUUUGGGCCUCGUCUGGUUCAGUUACAGGGUACGGCUCUUUGGAGGUCGGCGUUGCGGUUUCGGAGGUACAGCGAAUGCAGCACGAGCUGAUAGGAAGGUUGAGGAGGUUUGGGGGUUUGUGAUGUCGGAAAUCUGAAAGUUUCACUGAACGUUUAUGAGUUGACGAAUAAAUGCUCUCAGUCGCAGAAGAGGUGAUUUUUAUUGCUUUUAAUCCCUAAUUUGUCCCUUUUUAAACCCGCUUUGACCCCAUGUGACCCCCGUGUGCUUGAACCUUUCAGGCCCGGAGCAACUUGGAGACAUUUUGAAAUCAAAUCAGUUUGAGUUUAAAUGAUCAACAUGAGGACAAAGAUAUGAAUUCUUGAUGAUAUCAGAGUAUUAAACCUCUCAAAUGUCCAGUAAAAGCUGGAACUUUAAGGUGUUACAAAGCUAGUUUUGGGGUCUAAGGUGUCCCCACGAAAAAGCGCGUCCUAAUAUUUCUCUGUUCAGUCUUUCACUGAAAAUCGAAGAGAGAAUUUUUUGCACAGUCCAAGCGCUCUCGACGACGUAGACACAAAAUGCCGUUGAUGUGGCGAGGGAAGAGGAUUUAAUUUGAAAUCUGACCCAAGUUUCGGUGCCGGUGUCGUCCAAGCUGGUUCCCCCAACAUCUGUCCACCGCUGGUUUCGUGUCGUCAAAGCUGCCCCUAAAAUUCACAAAAAAACGACUAAGAAUUUGGGCUGAAACUAUUGAUGAUUAUUGAGUAAAGAUCGGAGCUUUUCUCUCCCUCGUUAUUUCACUGUCAAGACUUUAUGUCGAGCUGAUGUCAGAUUAAAUGCUAAAUUAUUUAAAGUGGUAAUAUUUCCCCCCCUUUCAGUACGGUUUACAUGUUUGUUUUGUUUCUUUUUGCUCAUGAAGUUAAAUAAAAGCACAAGUCCGCCUGCAGUUCACUGCCGCGCCGGCAGAGGGCGCCCCCGCGCAAAAGUUCAAACAACCAGGAUUUCUCUCUGUUGUGCUGAAUGAACUCUGUUGUUACUGUACAUUUAAUGUCGCUGAAGCUGCUCAAAGAAGAGGGGGGGGGGGUGUCUGCUGUGCGUUCAAAUGACAAUAAAACACUAAAGUUUUGCCGUUUUCCCGAAAAAAAAGAAAAGAAAGGAAAAAAAACAACCUUUGCUGUGUGAAUGUGUGCUGAUGUGUGUCCAUGACGGGGUUCUGAUGAAACUGAGACCCGUUAAAGUUCCCCUCCGUCUGUGAAGAUGGCUGUUUCUCUGAAGUAAUACGUCUCUAUGUUUUCAGACUUCUUCACAGGCUACGAAUAUGUUCAUUUCUUUGUUUUGUAUUUAAGAAGAAACUGAGGUUCAGAGGUUGUAUAAAUAUGUUCCGAGUUAUUUUUGUAAGCCCAAAGUUUUCCAGUGUUUUUUAAAAGGGUAAGAAUGUAUAUUGUUGGAUAUUUCCACAGAUCCGAGUGAAAGGAGGGCUGAAGUCGAGCCACAGAUGAGCUCUGUCGCUGAAAAGUGUCCUCAGCGUCCGAUCAAACCAUUUGAGAAUAUAUAUAAAUAUAUUUAUAGCAUUUUUCUAUUAUUAUUAAUAGGUUUCCACAUGGAGAGUUUAGUUGAGAUGGUUUAGGAUGCUUUUUCUCUCGUUGGUUGUCGUCUAGCAGUCUGGGUUUUAUUUGUUUGUUGCUCUUCUUUUUUUUUUAAUUAUUUUAAUUUGUAAAUCUUGUUUACGUUUGACUACGCAGCCACCUACUUGUGCUCUGCUAAAACUCCACACAAACAAACAGACAGACAAACAGACACGUUGACUCGGCUCGUUUUCUCCGAACCGGAAGAGAAGAGGCUCAGAAAUGUGGAUUUUUGUGUGUUUUUGUUUUUUUUUGUUGUUGUUACUGUUGAUGUUUUUGCAACACAACUGACCCAAAAUAUUUUUAUAUGUUGUGCAACACUGUCAUUUCUGUGAGGAGCAGAAUAACCAUUAAAGACAUUAACAUGAA